AUGGCAUCCAACAUCCUCCCGAUCAAACUCUGGGGCAAAGGCGGUCCUAACCCACCGCGGGUAGCCAUCAUCCUCGAGGAACUCAACCUCCCCCACGAGUUCCAACCCAUUACCCUGGCCGACGUUAAAAAGCCCGAGUACCUAGCCAUCAACCCGAACGGCCGCCUCCCCGCUAUCUACGACCCAAACACAGACCUAACGCUGUGGGAAUCCGGCGCGAUUGUCGAAUACCUAGUCGAGCGGUACGACAAAACUCGCAAGAUCAGCUUCGAGCCCGGCUCCAACGAAGCCCAGCUCGCGCGACAGUGGCUCUUCUUCCAGGCCUCCGGCCAAGGCCCGUACUACGGACAGGCGGUCUGGUUCAAGAGCUUCCAUCCUGAGCGAGUACCCAGUGCGGUGGAGCGCUAUGUGAAUGAGAUGAAGCGCGUGUCGGGGGUGGUGAAUGAGUAUUUAAGUAAGCAGGAGGUUGGACAAGGGGGUCCAUGGUUAGUUGGAGGGAGGGUUUCGUUUGCGGAUUUGGCAUGGGCCAGUUGGUCUCUUACUGUGACGAAGUUCAUUAAGGAGGAAGACGGGUAUGAUGUGAAUGACUUUCCGUAUGUGAAGGAUUGGUUGGAUAGGAUGAUGGCCCGUGAACCCGUGAGGAAGGUUAUUGAGGAAGGACGAAAGCUGUGA